GUAACCGCCUUCCCAUUUCCGCCCGGCCGGCCGCGCGUCAGGGUGAGUGCAGCAGAGAGCGUUCGGUCCUGCCUCCGCCCGCCCGCGCCGGGGGCUGGCCUUGCCUCGCCGGCGCCUUUUUCCCCCGCAGCGCGGCGCCGCUUCGCCACUCGGGCACCGCAGGUAGGGCAGGAGGCUGGAGCGCCUGCUGCCCGCCGCCCGUAAGAUGGUCCCCUCGGCUGGACAGCUCGCCUUGCUCGCGCUGGGUCUUCUGUUGGCUGUGUGCCAGGCCCUGGAGAACAGCACGUCUGCCCUGAGUGACCCGCCUGUGGCCGCAGCUGUGGUGUCCCAUUUUAAUGACUGCCCAGAUUCCCACAGUCAGUUCUGCUUCCAUGGAACCUGCAGAUUUUUGGUGCAGGAAGACAAGCCAGCAUGUGUCUGCCAUUCUGGGUAUGUUGGUGCACGCUGUGAGCAUGCCGACCUCCUGGCUGUGGUGGCCGCCAGCCAGAAGAAGCAAGCCAUCACCGCCUUGGUGGUGGUCUCCAUCGUGGCCCUGGCUGUCCUCAUCAUCACAUGUGUGCUGAUACACUGCUGCCAGGUCCGGAAACACUGUGAGUGGUGCCAGGCCCUCAUCUGCCGGCACGAGAAGCCCAGUGCCCUGCUGAAGGGAAGGACUGCUUGCUGCCACUCAGAGACAGUGGUCUGAAGAGCCCAGAGGGAGUUUGGCCAGGUAGACUGCGGCAGCCUGAGGCAGAAAGGACUUCUUCAGGACGAGCCGACAGACCUUCCUACUCUGCCUGCAAUCACCUGUGCAGCCUUUUUGUCUUUUGUGGGCCUUCCUUCGAAACUGUGUCAAGAACUCUGUCUGCUUGGGGUUAUUUGGUGUGACCUAGAGAAGAAAACAGUGGACCACAGCUUAAAGACUGGUCAAAAAAGAAUUGCAAAGGGGUGGACUUCCUGUUUACCUAGCUAAGGUGUGCCUCUGUCCUCACCUGAGCCCAGGUGUAGGUGUGGUUGCCUUCUGCCGGUCACGGAGGCUGGGCUAUGUUUCUUUUUAAUGGACUCCUCUCCCCACAAUGGUGUCCAUCCUGCCCAAAACUGGAGGUUGCCGUAGUUGAGUUUUUCCUCAUCCGCUUAUUGGAGAAGAAGGCGGAGGAAGGGUAACUGUUUGCCACAUGAAGAUGCCAAGGAUAAGAGGAACUGUGUAUGUCCUCUGUCUCUGUCCACGAGACCCUCAACCAGCCUGACGUCUUCCACAGACAUACGACGCUGAGGACCUUCCCAAGCCAUCGGCACCCUCGGAGAUAAUUUCUUAUUUAUUAGAUGGAUGAUGGUUUUAUUUUAUCUUUAAUCUCUUAAGUCGAUGUAAAAAGCAUCAAACCUUUUCAGACUUCUACAUUAACGAUGUAUGUAAUGCUGGCUGAAAAGUCAACUGACUGAUUAGAGCUGGCCUCUUUGGGACAGCUAAGGCUUGGGGAAGGCCACCCAGGGGGGUGCAGAGAUGGAAGCAGAGGACGGGUUGCUGAUGAGAGCAAAGAUUGGGUCUCAGAGGCCUUGUCAUUUAAGACACAAAACAGGUAAAGGCCCCCCGAUACAUUCCAGUAGAAAAGUUAGCAAAUCCAGCAGCAAAGAUCUGUCAGCUUUGUUGGGGGAGACAGGAAGAGAGUGCCUGUGUGCCUCUACACAAGAGAAACACGGUACCACACUGCUUUGUGAUUAAGCAUGUUCACUUCCUAAUGCGCCCUCCAAGUGCAUGUUUAGAAACAGAGCACAUGCGGAAAGCCACGGGCAUUUGGGCCGCAUUCGUGAAAGGGGGGCUAGGCAUUUCCUUCCUAUGUUGUUGCAUGGUUGAUUUGUUGCUUUAUUUUUAAAAGGAGAAAUUUACCUUUCCUAUUUAUUUUCUAGCAUUAGGAAAAAUAUCCCAGUGACUUAUUUUUCCCUUUUCCCUUCAGGAUCCUGGUUUUAUUAACAAAAACUCUUAACAAGUCACCUCCACCAGCGUGGACCUCGCUUUCCCUUGAGAGAAGGAGAAAUUGUUUUCAUGGGCAUCUGGGUACAUUCUGCCCCACUGGGCUUGCCUGUGGAAAGCACUGGUUCCCUCUCCAACUAAACAACAGUUCAUCCCUAGCAAUUUUCAUUAAAAUUUGGAAGUAGAAUCACAGCAAAAUAAUAUGUGAAGUCCUUAUGUGAGGAAACUCUUGUUCACUAACAUUUGAAAAAUGAAAGAUUUCUACCUAUUAACUUCGUGCAUCUAGCUCCACACAUCAUGAAAGGGACCUUUAAAAUAUGACAGGUUGGCUUAAAAUUUCUGUCAGGUAGUUUUGUCCCCCUCUAAUUCUUCUUCCCCAAUCUGUGUAUUUCGAUGAAUUUUCUCUUUAUUCUGUACGACUGAGACAAUUGUAUGACCCGUGUCUUAGCUUUGGCACUUUUCUGGAAUGAUGCUGCACCUGAAGCAAAAGGAGCAGAAAUGGGAUCAAUUCACCAGCUGGCCCACUGACGAUAUACUUGACACAGUUCCCGGGUCUUGAUAUAAAAGAAUAGGUUUAAGCUUGCAUUUCUUGGGUACAUCCUACAGCAGCAGGUAUGUGGGCUGAGGCCUAACUGUAGCAUCUUGCUCAGAGACCAGUCCCAUUGACACUGGUUUGUAGACCCCCAUUUUCACUCCUCUCUCUCUCUCAUCAGACCCUCCUGAAAGUCUGAGAGUCUGGUUAGAGGCACCAAUGGCAGUGGAGUAGUGUGUUUUUAACUUGAGGUCACAUUUUACUUAGAACAAUCUUUCCUCAGUCUUUUAGAGACUAUUUGAGAUCUGACUGCCUUUAAAGAAUAUGAACUGAUGGGAAAUGUUUCGUUCAGCCUUCAGGCGUCCCAGAGCCUUUGCAGAGGUGUGGGAAGAGGAUGCAAGCAGAGGGAACCUUCUCGGUUCCCUGAAGGGGCUCCACAGUUAGGGUCCGUGAAGGCUCUGAUCCUCACAUUACAGGUGCCAGCACCCCUUUCCUUGUGCCAGGGCAACCAUGCGGUGAACCGUGCAGAGAAGGAGCGUGUGCCUCCCUGCAGGUGGCUCCCAAGUCAGUCCUCUGUAAACCAGUAGGUCUGAAAGAGUUGGAAGCAGAGGCUGGGGUGAAGGCAGGCCUCAAUGGACCUUCGUCCAUGCCCAGGAUAGGAGAGCCUUGCUUCUUUGGUGAUUUCUCUUUUAGAAAUCAGGUGGCCAACAAGCAUUGGAUUCCUGUGCCAUUUCAUGGUGUUGAUAUUUUUUGGGUUAGCCCCCUUUUCAGGUUAAAAAAGCAUCUUCUAAUCCAUCUUCACAGGUUCCCUGUGUUUCCUUGCCCUUUAGAAAGCCGAAUAUUACAGUUCGGGAAUUGUUCCUGAGGCCCUUCCUGGUAAGGAGUCGCACACCUGAGAGUGGGGAUCAGAGCCGCUUCCAGUGUCUAUCUCAGGAGAAAUGAAAAGCCCCCAUUAGAAGGAGGGGGUGCUUCCAAAUAUUUUAUGGAGCCUAGAUUCUCCCACUGCUCUACAGGCUGUAACGUCUUUGAGCAUACUGGCAGGAAACAUUUUCUUCUAGACAGAAAGACCUAUAGCAGCCAACCCUACUCUGGAAAAGAUGCACCUGGACACACAUGAAAUCAAGCAAGAUACGAGCUUGCCAUGGUAUCUGCUCCAUCCAAGUGGGCAGAAUGGCCCAGAGUCUAUUUUCCUAAGAAAGGAGAAGGAGGUGUGAUUGGUACCCCUUCACCAACGCGUUGGUGAGGGAGGAGGAGGUGUGGUUCUAGAACUUCUUGGGAAAUUAUGCUCUGCAGGUGGAGAAAAGUGUCUGUCUUCACCCAGGUUUUCCAGGGCCAGGUGGUCUCCGUGCACAUGGGCCACUAGUCACUUUUCCAGGCAAUUUUGGCAGAAAUGGAUUGGCAAGGUUCCGGCACCAUUCAGGAGACCCUGACCUCCUAGUAGGGCCUGGGCCUCGAUUUCUGCCAACCCACUCAGCCAAGGAAGGUGGAGGCUUCAAAAGCCCAGGACCAAAGGGGACAUCACAGAAACAAGAGGAACACAUAUGUUUGUUCUUAAUGUUGGAACGUAAGACCUGUUCUCUGCAGCCACUGGUUUUACCAGGCUUCCUGAAAGAUCUAGUGGUGAACAUACACACAGUACUGAAAAACAGCCCCUCUCCCUGGUAUAGUAACUUACUGAAGUAUUCAACUUUUCAUUAUCUUUAUUAUAACAAACCUGAUGCUUUUUUUUAUUUUUAGAACUUGUUACUCUGACUUCUGUAUAUGUUGCACUGAAAAGGUUAAUAUUUAAUGUUUUAAUUUAUUUUGUGUGAUAAGUUAAUUUUGAUUUCUGUAAUGAGUUAAUGUGAUUAGCAGUUCUUUUCCUUAAUAUCUGAAUUAUACUUAUUUAAAGAGUAGUGAGCAAUAUAAAAUGUAGUUGUGUUUUUCAGUCAUGUGCAUUGUUGUCUAGUUGUACUGUUUGUACCUUGUUUGGAAGGAUGAAGGAAUGAACUCUUUUUUUUUUUUUUUUUUCCUAAAUCAAGACUGGAGCUUUUCUUUCAUGAGACUGGCAUGUUGCUGAAAAGCAAAUUAAGAAUUUUCUCUGCAAAUGUGAAUGAUGAAAAAAAAUUAGAUGCUCUUUUGCAACAUGUGGGGAUACUAAAAUUAACUACAGUUGAUCCCUGUCUGCUUGAAGAAAUCAAAUCCUCCAAAGUUCCCAAUAUAUGUCUUUCAUCCACUAUGGGUCUGCCAAUAUGCUAAAUAAUGCAGAGGGAAAUAUAAAACACACAAUCCCUGCCCCAAAAGAAUUGAGAUCUGCCUGAGAGACUGACAUGCAAAAAAUAGUUCUGGACAAAUUCCAGACAAAAUACAAAGCCUGAAAUUGUAAAGUAGAGAGCAUGUGUUAACAACUGUGGAUCUCCAAGUGUGGUCCCCAGCCCAGCAGUGUCUGUAUCACCUGGGGCCUUCUUGAGUCUCUUAGGAAUGCAAAUUUUCAUGCCCCACCCCAGGGUGUUAAAUUCCAGAGUUGCCCCACUCCCCCUCCAUAUUCUAGGUGAUUCUGAUACAUGAGCAAGUUUGAGAACUGCUGUGCUAUAGGACUCAGCAAAGGGCAAGUUAGUGUGGGGCCAUAGUUUUUAGGAAAAGCUUUAUAGAGGCUUUGCAGAGGAAGUGAAGUGUAAUUCAGUUCACCUCUUCAGUGUUCAAAGUUAACAGCCAUCAGAACAUAGGGGCUUGAAUUAAGGCCUGCAUUUAUUUGGAUCUUCUCUGCCUAGCCUCAUUGAAGGGAAAAACAGGCCUGUCCACCCCCUACCAUACCCCCACUCACCCACCCCGUUCCCCGCUGCCCAGUUUCGAACUGUAAGGAAUAGAAACUGUUCUGUCAACCCAGUUUGUACAAGCCUCGCUUGCACGUGCAAUCCCAUGUUUAAGCCCCUGCACUUCCAACCCGUGUGUGGACCUCACAUGUGCAGCAUACGAGGAGCUCAUGGAGAAGCAGCAGAUAGUGAAAUAGUUGUGGAACAGCGUGAGAUCUUGGUCCCAAGGGAUGCUCGGCUUUGGUGGCAAAGGUGAGCCUGUAGAGCCUGUGGUCCAGGCCUCGGAGGGCUUGGGAUGUGCCUGAUUUACGAGAUGAGAAGCUGGGCAGCUCCUUGUCCCCAGUGCACUAGCUUGGGAGCUGUCCCUCCACAGCACCUUUACCCAUCUCUGAGGAGACAGAGACCUGCUACCCGAACUUGGCAUUCCCCUCUUGGCCCUAUUCUGUCUUGAGGGACCUCUUCAGGCCCUAUUUCUAACCCAUGGGAUUUUCUUCUUGUCCCCCUCCUUCUCCUCCCUGAUUUCCAAGCCCUCUGGCCAAGACUGCCUCUACCAGAGCCUGGUGACUGCCCCUGGCAGGUGCACUGGGCUGUCCAGGAUGCCGCAGGCAGGACCUUUCCAGAGAAAAAGCACCUAUGAACUCUGAGUCAAGCCAAACCAACCUUUCCUCAUUUACCCAGGUGACUUGCAGUUGCCAACUUGAAUCUGUGAUCUGGACUGUUCGGGACUAGUCAUUUUGAAUUCUGUUGGCCCAAACUUCAGACCCCCGUGUGCCCCACCUCCUGCCUAGCCCCGUUUUGGGGUGUGUGUGACCUAGCCUUGCCUCCUCUCUAACUCGGAGCUCUUUGCACAGCAGCCGCCUGGGGAUUCUAGCACCAGCAUCCCUUCCUCUGUCUUCUGAAACUCCCUCCUCCACAUUGGCUCUCUGUCAGGGCUUGCUACCUCCAGGAGGCCCUGAAGUUUCUGUCACAGCCUUUCACCUUCAAAAAUAGAGAGGAUGUGUUCGUGGUCACACAACCUGGGUCUAGCAGUGUCUUUUCCUCCAGGCUAGUUAGUGUCUCCCACCCAGAUCAAUCAAAUUGUAGAAUCUGGGGGGACGGAACUUGGGCAUCUGUUUAAAAUCUCUCCUGGAGAUUCUGACCCAAUCCCUACUGCUCUCUAAACACACCACACCCCAGGGAGCAGAUGGCACAGGAGGGGUUUGGUGUCUGGAGCUGAGGGUGCCUGGUACCCACUCAGGGCGAUCCCCCCAGUCCAUGCUUAAGUACCCCUUCCAUCCGGCAGAUGGUAGACCUGGGGAAGCAUGGAGGCUUGGACCUCCUUUCAGGUGGGAUCAUCUAUGGUAGAGAAGUGAGAAAACUCUUAUGGGAACAAGAGCCUAUAAGGAAUACCAUGUGACUAGCUUGAGGUCAUGCACAAGUGGGUGAUGGUCUUUCAGGGGCCAAAUUUUGCAACUGGGAAUAAAAAGCGUGACGUUUAAGCUGAAAGGGAAACAGGAGAGAGAAAGAAAAAGCAAAGUGUCCACAGGACAUUUCCUCUAAUGGAAGCUUCAGGCCCUGGUGUGCAGCUGCACAGGUCCCCUGGGACAAGAGGAUGCCCUGUGUCAUGAAGUCUCCAGGGCAAGUCCAGGUCCCGCCCAGGAGCCCCUCCAAGGAGUUCAGAGGAGAACAGUUGAGAGUGGGACAAAGGAACCACUCCACUACCUGGGGCUAGGCUGCCCCACAUGUUCCAGAAAGGGAUUCCACAGGUCUGGAAAUGUGACAUCCCCCAAGGGCUGUGCUGGGAGGGGCUGGUAUCCUUUAAACCCUGUCCUGUCAUACAGCAGAAAGCUGAAUGACUCUCCUGCCUUUGUAAAUGGAAACCCUGAACCCCAGCGAACCAGAGCGCAGGGGUUCUGGACCUGUGUGGUGGAGAGAGGCUGGAGGCAGAGACCUGGGUUGGUUGCAGGCCUGCUUCUUGCUGGCCUUGCUACCCUGGCACGUUACUGAGCC